GGUGCAACACAGUAAAAAUACUUCUUAGUAGAAAACAGUAGUAGUAAUCUUUUAAAGGAAAAAUACUACCCAUAAUUAGUGCACGAUGAAUCAGUGGAUAAGAGAAGAACUUUCGAAAUGUUUAUGCUUCGAAAUUCCGGAUGCUAUGAUAAGCUACAUACACACUAUUCAGGACAGUCACGAAAUCGACGAAUACUUCCGGACACUUUUGGAUUUUAAUAAUCCAGAACAUGUUACGUUUCUAAGUGAGCUUAAGAGCAAACUGCGCCAUCGGAAAAACGAUUCGGGCCCAAAUGUGCAGCAAGUUAAGCAAAGUUCAUCUAAACCUUCAGCCCAAGGAGGAGGAAAAAGCAAACGAGCAAAUGGCAACGAGGCACAACAAGCUUCCAAGCCAACCGCAAACAGUGGCCCAGCUCCAGUGGCGGCCGGACAAGGGGUGAUGCCAACUGGUGCGCAAAAUACCUCCAAAAAGAAAACAAAAUUCGUAAAUCUGUACGGACAGGACGGUGAGCUGGCUAACGUGGUGAUGUUGAAGGGACGUCAUCAUUGUGACUGCCAGGCGUCCAAGCACAAGCUAGUCAACAACUGCCUGCACUGCGGCCGGAUCGUGUGCGAGCAAGAGGGUAGCGGGCCGUGCCUGUUCUGCGGAACCCUUGUCUGCACUGAGGACGAGAUGCGAUUAAUUGAAAGUUCGUCCCGGAAGGGCGACAGUUUGCGGCGCAGUCUAAUGGAACAGAACCGGCCGGCCGGUUGGGCUGAAGCUCUAGCGACGCGCAACCGUCUACUCGAGUACGACCGGAACAGUGAGAAGCGCACGACCGUGAUCGACGAUGAGGCAGAUUACUUCAAAACGAAUUCGGUAUGGCUGUCUGAUGCGGAGCGUCAGAAGCUCGAAACGCUCGAAGCUGAGCUGCGGGAAAAGCGUCAUGCCAGUCGUAUGUCGCGUAAGAUAACGCUGGAUUUUGCUGGUCGCCAGAUUGUCGACGAACCAGAGCUAACGGCCGAGAUGGAGGAAUCUAUUAUAAAGAAAGCACUCGACGAUAAAGAGAACACCGUUCCUAACGACUAUACGGCCCAAUACACUAACCUUAACAGUGAUAUGGACCUCCAUCCAAUGUUUAAUGGCCCAGUUCCUACGUUCGUAAACAUCGACAACCUGUCGAAUCAGCAAGCCGCACCUUCCCCGGUAGUGCGGCAGGCCGGUUUUGAUGGUGUAUAUAGUCGAGUACAGGAUAAGGAAUUCUUAGAGAUGUCGGACAUGCGACACUGUCUAUCGAUGCACCAACCGUGGGCCUCCUUGUUGGUAGCAGGCAUAAAGCGUCACGAAGGUCGCACCUGGUAUUCGUCGCAUCGAGGCCGACUUUGGAUCGCGUCAACCGCACGCCCUGCUUGUCCUGACACGGUGCGAGAGCUCGAAACAUUCUAUCAGACACAUUAUGGAACCGCCGAGGCCGAGCCACUUUCAUUCCCAUCGCAGUACCCAUCCGGCUGUCUUCUUGGGUGCGUCACGGUGCAAGACUGUUUGCCGCAGGAGGAAUACCGCAAAAAGUAUCCGACGGGUGAAUCCGACAGUCCUUUCGUGUUUGUUUGUGUUGAACCGCAGGAGCUUCCAAUUCGGUUCCCAGUUAAGGGGGAGCAUAAAAUCUAUAUGUUAGAUUCCAAAAUUCACCAAGCGGCAGUAAAGGCUCUUCAGAAGCAAGCGAAACAGCGCGACACCGAAGUAGAGAAGUAAGGGACCGUCAUUCUUUGGGUCUAUCAAAUGUAUCAAUGGCGAAGUCUCUAUCAGCCAAUAAACUUUGGAGAUAGCUAUUUUAACAUCA